UGUGUUUAUGUUAAUCAACGGUCAAUUACCGUGAGACCGGCAGUUAUUUGUUUCAUGACCGUGCACUAGGCCUAUCGGCAAUCAGAAACUGUAUCUCGCAAUGGAAUGCUGUAUCUCGCAAUUUCUUGGCAUGCAAUGUCUUGCAACUUCAGGAAAGCAGGGCCUAUCAGCAAUGAAUAGCCUAGGAUAUUCUACAGGCAACAGACGGAAGACUCAACACACACUCGCAUCAUUAGCAAAGAAAAAGAGCAGGGAUGUAAUCAUUAGUCCAAACAGUUGAACGAGAGUCUCUAUUGGACAAAUUCAGAUAGGUCCCUCCCUGUUUUAUUCUGUUUGCUUCCGUUUAAGAAACAUUUUGCAACAGAAUUGGCAUAAUGUAUAAGCUCCCAGGCGAGCCAGCAUGAGGCAGAGAGAGGAAGGAGCGGGCAGAAAACACUGUGCUGUAUGAGUGUAUCUCAGAAUGGCUGACUAUGUGAAGCUGGAUGAGGAGAAGUCUAUCCCAAAGUCAGACAUCUUGUCUCUGCUGAGGAGCUACAACUGUUACCAUGAGGGGAAGAGCUUCCAACUCAGACACAGAGAGGAGGAGGAAGUGCUGGUCGUCGAGGGGUUGUUGAAUAUCUACUGGGGUCUGCGGCGACCAAUCAGACUGCAGAUGCACGACGACAACGAGAGACUCCAAUACGGAGGAGUCAACAGGAAUGAGAGAUCCCAGGUUCUUCCAAAGCAGACAGAAUCUAACAACAACAUACUCGACAGAACUACUGACCCUGCCUUGACCAGUAGUCUAGAGGAGGACGAUGAGGAGGUCCCCCAGCUGCUGCGGACCAGGAGUGAUGCCUCCUUCAUGGGGGUCACCAGAAGAUCAAAGACACACACACACUCUGACCUGCAGCACUUACGCACACACAGAUUCUCCAUCAAUGGACACUUCUAUAACCACAAGACGUCAGUGUUUACUCCAGCGUUCGGGUCGGUCACUAACGUCCGAGUCAACAGCUCCAUGACAACACUACAGGUCCUCAACCUGCUGCUACAGAAGUUCAGAGUGGAGAAUAAAGCAGAUGAGUUUGUUCUCUAUAUGGUCCAUGAAUCUGGUGAGAGAACCCCGCUGAAGGACAGUGAGUAUCCUCUGGUGUACCGUGUGCUUCAUGGACCCUGUGAGAAGAUCUCCAAGAUCUUUAUUAUGGAGACGGAUCUAGGGGAGGAGGUCACAUAUGACGUGGCCCAGUACAUUAACUUUGAGAUGCCAGUCCUGGAUAGCUUUGUAGAGAAACUGAAAGAGGAAGAGGAGAGAGAGAUUUCUAAACUGACCAGAAAGUACAGCACACUGAAGACCAUGAUUCUACAGCAGCUGGAGGGCAUCACGGACACUACUGACCGAGUCUGAGUGUGUGUGUGCGUGCGUGUUCUCAGGGCCAUUACACUGUUAGAGGAGCCCAAGCGGAUUGUUUGAGCACUAAGACCUUUCUACAUGUACUACUACAGUUGAACCAUAGCAUGUGUAGCUUUUUCUAGUAAUGAAAACUACAGACAUGUUAAAGGCUUUCUACAGUAGUGAAGCAGCAAUAAGUGUGCAAUACUGCCAUAUCUUGCAUCAAUGUUUGUCACUUCACAAACUAACUGUAUUAAUAGAAUUUGUAACUUUUCUGCUACUGUAUUGUCUAUGAUUGAAUACUUUUCAUUGAUCGUGUUGUUUACUAUCUUCGGUAAAAUACUGAUUUCUGUGUGUCUUAGAAACAUUUCUGUUUUCUGACAUUGUUGCUUUUAUAAAUAAAUGCACAUCUUAGUA